AUGCUCAGAACGAUGAUCCUUCUAGACUUUACCAUUGCCGGGUUCCUAUCUCUUCUGAUCGGGAAAGCAGUCGCCAAACUGCCCUACAACCCCUCAUAUAUCAGCAACCCGACUUCCGAGAACCAGACCGAGUUGUACAUCCUAUCUCCUCCUUUGGCCCCAUCGACAGGAUUCCGACUACAGUCUUUAAAUAUCUCAGCUCCCUUCAACUCUUCCGAGCUCCCGAUCACAGAACUUCGGGACAAUGUACCUUUUGCUACGGAUGAUGGCGAGCAAACAUUCAUUGCAACCACCGAUGCAGAGGGUGUCUUGACGGUUUAUACCGGGGACUGUCAUACAAACACUUCCAACGUUUGGAGGCUUCUGCCAGGAAAUGGGGUGUCGAGCGGCAAUUUCCAAUGGCAGAAGUCAUCAGUCCAUGGCGAUGAAGGGAACCCUGGACCAGCGUUCUUGUCAUCAGCAAUUACAUAUCCUGCAACUGGAGAUGCGCCACGGCCCGACCUCUUUGUUUUCGGGGGAAUGUGUCCGUUUACGGUGGGCAGGAAGAAUGACGACUGGGUCUCUUCUGCCAACUAUUCCCAAACUAUGGUAUCCCUCACCGCGGAGGGGUCGUCAUCAAACUCGUCUUAUCAGUUUCGAAUCGUGACUUCACGAUCUCCUCCGGUCGCCGAAGCAGGGUUUGCCAUGACACCAAUGAUUCCAGCUUAUUCAAAUACCUCGAGUGGUAAACUCCUGGAGCAUCGGAGUUUCGUUCUCACUGGUGGACAUACCCAAAAUGCCUUUGUCAGUAUGUCCCAGAUUGCACUCUUUUCCCUCCCUGAAGCUACUUGGAGUUUUGUUUCUGUGAGUCAGGAAGGCAUAAAUUUCCCCAAGCUAGAUUUGGGCGAUAUCGACGGAAUAGAACCGCGUUCUGGUCAUACCGCAGUUAUGACACCAGAUGGCAGCAAAAUCAUUGUUUUUGGAGGGUGGGUUGGCGACAUCAGCACUCCCGCUCAACCUCAGCUUGCGAUUCUUGAAGUUGGAAAGUCGUAUGGAGGAACGGGAGACUGGAGAUGGACAGUCCCUCAGCAAAACAUACUCGGACCAAAAGAUGGCACCGGAAUUUUUGGCCACGGUGCGGCAAUGCUCCCCGGAGGUAUUAUGUUGGUAGCAGGGGGGUUUAGCAUUCAUCAGUCGACAUCAAAGCAAUCCUUUACCACGCUUAUCGCCAAUACGCAGGGAUAUCUUUUCAACACAUCUUCGGGUAGUUGGAUUGCUUCUUACACUCCGGUAAACUGGAUGGAAUCUAGCCCCAUAGAGAUGCAUGGGCCACUCUCGUCGACCGCACAGAAGGCUGGCCUUGGGAUGGGUGUCGGAAUUGGGAUUAUAAUUGUUGCUGUGUUAGUCUCUUUUAUUUACCGUAUUAGUUCUCGUCACUCGCGGGAUCAUCGGAGAAUUCGAGAACAGGAAUUGCGAAGGCUUGCUCUAGGAGCGGAACGUCCACAUUUUGACUUAUCCGGGAACAUUCAUGACCCGGUGAGUCACGUAACAACAGAUAAACUGUCUCUCCAUCCCAAUGCUCACUUUUCGUUUGACAAUGAAAUGGGCGGAAGGCUGCAUGGUUCGCAAAAACCUGGUGCGCUCGCUGCAGAAAGAACUGAACUGCUCGUGGAAAUAUCAAGUCCUACAAAAGGGCUUCGAAGAGGUAUGCAUUCCCGAGGAUAUCAACCAGCAUUGCACUAUGACAAUUCGAGAAAAAAUGUGGGAUUCAGUGCUAUACAUCCCAUCGACGAAGGAGACGAGUAUGAAGACUCUCGAGAAGAUGAAUCCAUCGCUGCAGAGAAGGGAGAAACACAUCGAGAGAACAGCAGCUCUGUAAUCUCCAAUCCUUUCCGUGAUCCUGCCCAAUACAGUGAGUCCCACAGCGCGGGCCAUACGCAGCGGCGAAUGUCGGCGUUUUAUGAAAAAUCCGCACCCCCCGAAUGGAUAGAUGACGUCAAUGCCAAUGGUUCUGGUAACCGCUGCCUGCCACUUAAUAAAAGUGACCGUACUCCCUCUAACUUAUCUGAGGCUUCCGGCUCAUCCUUGUCGGUAUAUUCUCAUCAAACGAAUCCUCUAUAUCUGAACAAAAAUUUGGCGCCAAUGCUUAGCUUUCGGUCUCAAAGGAAUGGGGGAUCUGCUGGUUCUUCUUCCAUUGGUUACGAGCCAAUUCGUAGCUCGUCCCCAGAAAAGCACAAUCAAUACCAAUCGCAUCUACAACCCACAACUUCUAGUAGUUUCAAUCCAGUUAACGACCUAUCCCCCGAGAUGACGCAAUCCUCAAACACAACAAUUACACCCUUGAAUUUUGCACAUAAUAGUUCUUUCAGCCAACUGCAGGCAAAAAGUGGGUUGCUGCUUGGCACUGCACCGUUGGAAUCCUCAAAGAGAAGCCUAAACCUGUCAAAAGUCAAAGGUCUAGGAUUGAUUAACAAUUCCAGACGCACUAUACGUUUGGUGAGGAGGACAGAAGACCCCGCAGAACCAUACCCUGUCUGCUCCGAAAACGUGUCGACGAUGCAACGGCGACGAAGCACGAGCACGAACACGAGCCGUUCUAAAAGCCUAUAUAGCUUCCAUGAUGAUAGAGAAUCGACUGGUUCGGAAACAAACAGCAUUCCUCGAAGGGCUGUGAGCACCAGCUCAUCCAUGCUAAGGCGCAAACAAGGUGCAAAGGAUUGGGGUGCGAAGAGAUCUUUUGCUGAUAACGAGAUGCUUCCAGCGCCUCGUGGUGGAAAUUCUCAUGCCAAUGGGCCAGCGUUGUCGGAUGGUGGUGCGUGUGGAAUUCGAAGAAGCGAUUCAGCCCAUUUCUUUGAUUAUGAUGACGAGGAGGAAUGGGAUGUUGAGGCUGCUGCGGAAGGGAGGCUGGUGCAGGUCACGUACACUGUACCGAAGGAGAAGCUGAGAGUUGUCAACCCAGGCGUUGGAGAUGGUGAUGACAACUCUGUUAGGUAA